GGGUGCAGGCCGGGGGUGCAGCCUGACCCAGCCCACACAGAAGUCACAGAACAAUAAAUAUUGUCUGGUACUUAAAUGUUAGCCACCAGUGAAAUAGUUCAACAGUGUUCCAGAUUGUUUGGAAAAGGUGUUUCGCUGUAAUGUGCAGUCUCAAGUGAUGUACCUGUUAAACAUGGAAAGUUUUGGAAGAAGCGAACAGCCCAGCAGAGAGAAGCAACCUGUCACAGCGGUGCAUGCUGGGUGAUAUUGAGGCAGGGUAGCAGCAGCAGCCGGCUGACUCAACCUUCAGUUUCUGGUUCACUUUCAGCCGUCCUGGACUCUCCAACUGGCUCAUUCUCACAACGUAUGGACGGUGCUGGCUUUAACUGAGUCAUGGACAUCAGCGGAACACAUCUCACGGUGUAGCCAGGAGGAUUCGUUGAUUGCCAGAGAAUCAUGGAGCCAGAUGUGAUCCGCAUGUACAGCUCCUCUCCGCCCCCGAUGGAGGACGGUGCAGAGGAGGAGGAAAACGAGUUUGGAGACUUCGGCACCUUCUCUGGGGUCCCACACAGCAUCAGCUUCACAGAAUUCGACACCCCGACCACUUUUAACCAGAAUCAAGCUUUGACCGCCACCUCCCCGCCGGAGAACCUCAACAACAGAGGGGUGUUGGCAUUCAGCCACAGCUCCUCUAAUGGCACACACGGCCCGAACAAUGAGCGGCCCAAGGCCAAUGGCGUUGUGCCAGGGAGCCACCUGGGCAGCAGCCCCUCAGAAAGGACUGAGAUGAAAAAGGUCCUCCCUAGCGCUCUGGAUUUCUCUUUGUGUGACACAGCUGGCAGCGAGCCGGCUGAUUGCAACGGUAAAGCAACAGAGGUGCUAACAAACGGGUUUGCAACCUUUGAGGCUCAGGGAAGCCCUUCCUCGCAGGACUCUGUCCACUCUUGUAUAAAAGGAACGUCCACUGAGGACACGGGCAGCGUCCCCACCGGCAGCCUCGAGGACGAUUUUGCAGACUUUGCUGCUUUUUCCAAUGCAGAAGGACACGUCAGCCAGACGCUAAAUGAGGACUUGGACAAUCCCACGGGAGGUAGUUCGCUGGAGGAGGCUGCCUGCCCUGACGAGCACUGUAAUGUAGAGCAGGGAACGACUUCAGAGGACAAUGUCAGGGACACAAACAGAACUGGACCCAACACAUCUGGUCCUGCUGAGGCCCCGGACGGCUCGUGCAACACGGACCGGGGCUCUCACACAGAUGCUGACUCUGAACAAAGGGACGUAGCCUUUGCACAGGAGCACUUGGCCUCAGAGGCAGUUUGCACUAACAGACCCCUCACUCUGAACGGGGUGGAUGUAGCCGACAGGGACGAUUCCAAAGACGCCGCAGGCUGCAGUGAAAACGAUCUCUCACCCGACGCAGCUGCAGACUGCGAGGCGGGACAAUCGGAUGAGAAGGGAUCCGGUAAUGAGACGGAAACGGAGACUGAGACUGAGACGGAGACAUCGUUGGGCCGGCCGCUGUCGACGGACGCUCUCGAGGAGUUCGGAGACAUUAGCACCACAGGCUCAGUGCCCUCUCCGCCCCUCCAAGGAGAGAGCGCCACGCCCGGCGACCACAGCCAGCUGCCAGAGGACGACGAGGACGAGGACUUUGGGGAUUUUGGAGACGCCGGCUCAUUCAGUGGUCAGGGUUUUGCUGACUUUGACCAACUGGAUGUCCAGCUGGAGGAGAGCAGGCCGGACAGCCCUGCUCCUCCUGCACAGGAAGCUACAAACGCCAAAGACGAAGACGACUUUGGCGACUUCAACUCCCCCAAAUUUCAGGCCAGUGGAAACGAGGGGGAGGAUGGAGGCAAGUUUGCAGACUUCCCUGUCAGCGAAAGUUUUGGGAAUUUCAGCUCUGCUGCUGAAGGCGCUGACAGUGAGGCGGAUGCAGGGUGGAGCGCCUUCGGGGACCAGCAGCAGGAGGAAGAAGGGGAGUCCUGGGCGGCGUUCAGCGAAGAGCCAAGCACCGCUCCUCCUGCAGAGAGCAGAGAGGAGGAGGAGGAGGAGCGGGAGGACGAGUGGCAUGAAAGUGAACUUCCUGCAGUCAGCGAGGAAACCAGCAGGACAGACAGACAGUCGGCGUCGCUGUCGAGCCGGCUGGAGAAGCUGUUUGAGAGCAGCUUCCCUCAGACCUCCGCCCCCUCGGUGGAGGACGAGGUGGCGUCUCUGAGGAUCCUGCUGGGACAUCUAGAGGACAAACCACAGCCAGGAGCCGAGGACGAGAAGGAGUCGCCAUGCAACAGGUCUGUGCGUGGCAGCGUGUGGACGCAGCUUCAGGACAUCCACGAGUCGUUCGGCCUCAGAUACCAGUGGGGGGGCUCCUACUGCAACAAAGCACUACUCUGCUGCCUGGGCAUCGACACCCGGAAUAUUCUGUUCACGGGGCAGAAGAAGCAGCCGGUCAUCGUGCCCAUGUACGCCGCCAGCCUGGGGAUGCUGGAACCAACCAAAGAGCCUGUGAAGCCCGUCUCUGCAGCAGAGAUGAUCGCUUCGAUAGCCCAGGCGCCUCCAGUGGCUCCAGAGAAAAGCUCCUGUCCCUCAGACUCAGUCCAGCUGGAGGCGCUCCCACCCGUCCAGUUUGACUGGAGCAGCAGUGGCCUUACCAACCCUCUGGACGCGAGCGGAGGCUCUUCUCUGUUAAAUCUGGACUUCUUUGGUCCUGUGGAGGAUUCAGGCUCCAGCAGCUCCCCCUCCAUCCCAGGAGUCGACCCGGAGCUGUACGAGCUGACGACAGCCAAGCUGGACCCCGGCAGCUCCGGCAGUCGGGUGGCAGAUGCCUUCGCCCGCCUGAUGUCCACCAUGGAGAAGACGAGCACCUCCACAAGGAAGCCGAGGAAAGAGGAGAAUCUGAGCGAAGAGGCGGCCAAAGUGAUCGCAGGUCUGCCCGAUCUUUCCUUCAUGCAGGCCAAAGUGCUGAUGUUUCCCGCCACGCUGACGCCGCUCAGCUGCCAGGCCACGCCGGACUGAAGCCCCGCCCCCUCCCCUGACCCCGCCCACUCUGUCCGCUGACUCGGCCCAUUUUAACAAGUUGUCGUUGUCUUCUUCUUCUGUUCUCUUGCCGCGGCUUAGUUCCUCCCUUUCAUACUUCAAUUCAAUUUAAAUAUUUUUUUUUAAUAAAGCGAAACAUUUCUGAUCACGGGGGGGGGGGGGGCUCAGACCUGCACAUUUAACAGAUUAGGAGAUUAAUUAAUUUAUAGAGCUGAUAAUUUAUAGAGGAAGGUGUAGAAGUGUGUGCUGUUCAUCAUCAUGUAUAUAAUCAGGGAUUAAAUGUUUGUUUUUGUUUUUUUAAUUCUGAAUGAUUUCUGGAUGAUUUUACGUCUCUGUGGGGGGGGGGG